AUGGGUGUCAGAUCGGGUUCAAGAGAGAUGCAACAGCGUGACCGCAACGAAGGGGGUGGGAAUGGAAAUAGUGGAGGAAGCUCUGGUGGGCUAGUUUCUUCAUUGAUGAAAUCAUGGAGAAUUUCUUCUUCCUCUUCACACUCUUCUCAAGCUCGAAGCUCCGGUGGUAGGACUUCAAAUAUGUCAACCCCCGCUCAUAUAAAUAGUAGUGACAUGGCUGAUACUGAGAAUAAUGGGAACUUCGAUGCCAUGAUUAGACAGCAAAUUCCUACGGGGCAUACUUCACAAAGUCCAUUGAGAUAUUCCUCUACGUCUGAAAGUCCAAAGCCUUCGAUGUUUCAUUCUCGAUCUCACCAUCAACAUAGUCAUCAUAAGCACCUACAUCAUCACCAUCAUUAUAAUCCUAAUAAUAGCUCUAAUAAUAAUACUUCUAUUAAUAGUAAUUAUAUUGAAGGUAGCACCGGCGGAAGUUCUUCGCAUAAAAGAACAGAUAAAGUAUUCCAGGAUCUAGACGAAGAUUGGAGUGCAGUUAUUGACGAUUAUAACAUGCCAAUUCCAAUGAUUGCAAAUGGAGGUAUUGCCGCGGGUGUAGGUGAUAGCGGAACCUGUACGAGUACUUCGUCUUUAAACAAUGAUUUCUCUAUACCUAUAACUCCAAAAGUCACCAAUCAGGAGAUCUUAUCUAAUACGCCUUCCUCGGUAGGAAAUUAUAUGCCAGGAGGCACUCCUUUACGAACUUUAUCUAACAGCAUACAUCCAACUCUAUCAGGAUCGGUAACAAAUUUUACAUAUCCACAAUUACCCCAAUUUGGUCAUGCGCUAAAUGGUCCAGAUUUCAAUAGUAGUCAUUCACUUGUAACAACCACUACCGCAGACAGAAAAUCUCAUAAAGAACUUGAAAAUGAGCGUGAUAUUGAAAAAGUAAAUUCAAUCGUUAAUAGAAUGGCAAAAUUUGAUGCUAUUAUUAAGGAUAAGCAUAUUAUUAAUCUCCAAGAUCUAAGAGAGAUUAGUUGGAAUGGUGUACCUAAACCUCAGAGAGCAACUGUUUGGAAAUUACUGGUAGGUUAUUUGCCUGUUAAUACAAGGAGACAACAACCUUUAUUGAAUAGAAAACGUAAAGAAUAUUCAGAUGGUUUAAAGCAUACGUUUUCCAAUGAUCAUUCAAGAGAUGAACCGACUUGGCAUCAGAUUGAAAUCGAUAUUCCAAGGACAAAUCCUCAUAUAACACUAUAUCAAUUUAAAUCAGUCCAGAAAAGUUUACAAAGAAUUUUAUAUUUAUGGGCGAUUAGACACCCAGCGAGUGGUUAUGUUCAAGGGAUUAAUGACAUCGUGACUCCUUUUUUUCAAACUUUUUUAACAGAAUAUUUAUCAGUCUCACAAAUUGAUGAUGUGGAAAAACUAGAUCCAGAAACAUAUAUGACAUCCGAUCAGAUUAAUAAUCUCGAAGCAGAUACAUUUUGGUGUUUAACAAAGGUUUUAGAACAAAUUACUGAUAAUUAUAUCCAUGGCCAGCCAGGUAUCUUGAAACAAGUUAAAAAUUUAAGUCAAUUAGUGAAAAGAAUUGACUCAAAAUUAUAUAAGCAUUUCCAGAACGAACAUGUUGAAUUUAUUCAAUUUGCUUUUAGAUGGAUGAAUUGCCUAUUAAUGAGAGAAUUUCAAAUGAAAGCAGUUAUACGGAUGUGGGAUACCUAUCUCGCGGAAACUUCAAUUGAUACAAGUACAAACACAUCAGCAAGUUUAACGUUAACCACAUCAAAUAAUAUUAAUAAUAAUAAUAACUUAAAUGGUAAUGGUAGUAAUGAUUUUCCACCACAUACACCUACUCAAAUAUCGGCUCCAACGCUAGGUUCACCUUCAGUAGAUUUCUCUUCUCCAAAUGCAAGAAAAGCAUCCUCUGGGAAUACAGCUACUGAUAUGAAGAGACAGAGACACACCUCAUUAAACGAAUUUCAUGUCUUUGUAUGUGCUGCCUUUUUAAUUAAAUGGAGUGAAAAAUUAAUUAGAAUGGAUUUCCAAUCAAUUAUUACUUUUUUGCAAAAUCCUCCCACUAAGGACUGGUCAGAAACUGAUAUUGAAAUGCUUCUUGGUGAAGCUUAUAUCUGGCAAUCUUUGUAUAAAGAUGCAACUUCUCACUGGUUGUAA